AUGGCUGAACACUGCCUUGUGUUUAUUGUUACUUUGCUCUGCUUUGCAACGACUUGCACUGGCACCAACGCAACUAAUCCGUGCUGGUUUAAUAUUAUCGUUAAAGCAGCACCCACGUUCGAAACUGAACAAGGAAUUGCUGUUAAAGAUAGAAUGGUGGGCUGUUGGCUGAAAAGCGAGGUACGUGGAGUCACGUAUCCAUUUGACAUCGGCUUGGCUUUGAAUACUUACGUGAACGCCAAGAACAGCACAUUAAUUAUUGUUUCUUUUGGGUUUGGUUGCCUUUCUCCGAUGCAGCUUUAUUUCAUAAAUCCACUGAACGUUGUUAACAAGAAUAUUAUACUAAGUCUGUCAUUCACCGGCGAGUGCAAAGUCAUAACCUCAAGUCUUGUUGCCUGGGCCGAGGCCGCUGAUUUCCGUGAGAUAGACUGGUCAGGUAGGGCAAACUUGACCAGCUCUACAAAUCUAACUUUUGCAAAAGUCUUUAAGGAAAUUUCUUUGAUCCGUGUUUAUAACAGCCAUUCCGAAAAUUUACCCAGCAUGUUCACUCACAUGCACACAGAGAAUGUGUUCCUAAGUAUGGAAGAGCUGACUUUGAGCAAUAUGUCAAUUAGCAGGAUUCCGGAACAAUGGAAAUCUACCAUGCCUCGGUUGCAAUACCUCUACCUGAAAAAUAACAACUUGACUCAGCCACCGCAGUUCCCUUGGAAUAACUCCACUCUUGAAAUCUUUCGCACGUUAAGAAAAACGGAAUAUUCCAUUGAACAAGACGUGAAGAAUUUUGGAGUCCAUGUUGCAAAAAACAUAUAUGUCCGUGGCUUAGACUUGAGUUACAAUAAAAUCGAAGAUCUAUCCUCUCAUGAGUUUCGUGGGUUCCUGCAUAUAAUACGUCUUGAAGGGAAUGGCUUAAAAAGCGUUGGCCCAACGUGUUUUUCUAAUUUGAAAGGAAUCCAAACGAUUGAUCUGCGCAGAAACAAAUUAACUUCCCUGCCUAAAAAUCUAUUUCAGGGAUUAAGUUCCCUGUUAAAUAUUUUUCUUGGAAAAAACAACUUAUCAUUCCUUGAACAAAAUCUGUUUGAAGGAUUGGAAAACAUCAAGCGAAUUCAUCUAGGACACAACAAUCUCACUUCUCUUCCUGAUGGAUUGUUUCAUUCUCUACGCAGUCUGGAAGGUGUGCGUUUAGAUGCUAACAAGAUCACAAAAAUUGAGCAAAACCCAUUCCCCAAACACUCCGGUUUACGCUGGCUUAAUCUCCGAAAUAACAAGCUUUCUUCCUUUCCUUCCUGGAUUUUUGGGCUAAUAAAAAUUGAAGUAAUUGAUCUUUCAUUUAAUGAACUGACAUUUCAAGAUCUUGAGAAGGCAUUAGAAGAUUUUGAUCAACCAAUAUUUAGUGAUCCACUUGAAAAAACACCCAUAGUUCUUAAUUUGAGCAACAGUAACAUCAGCACGCUAAUAGAUUCCGCUGGUUUAGAACAAAUAAGAGCGGACAGAUUGAUUCCUCCUGCGCGUCAAGCCAGGCUUGCUUAUCUUUGGAAAGCCUACGAUAUCAAGUUGAGCGGAAAUCCAUUAGGUUGUGAUUGCAUUAUGUGGGCUGUCGCGAGGGAAGUUAGAAAGAUUUUAAAAACAAAUCCUAAAAUCAAGCCACGUUUCAACACCUGGAUAUGUGACUGGCCUUAUAGAGUUAAAGGUAAAUCGAUUCUUGAGUUAGGAGAAAAUCAGUGGAUGCCAAGAAAAAGUCCUCCGCAAAAUUGUCCACCAAAAUGCUUCUGUCAGGAACGUUGUUCGGAUGGUAUUGUUAUUGUUGAUUGUGAGGAAAGGAAUCUCACAAAAUUUCCCAGUAUAAUGCCACAAGGUAUAAUCGAACUCAACUUAAUAAACAAUGAAAUUAAGGACAUUCCAGCGUAUUCCUUUUUAACAAAUGUGACUGUUUUAAAACUGACAAAUAACAAAAUUGAUCAGCUUCAAGCAUCCGUACUGCAGAAACUACAAAUUAUGGAAGUAUUGCUGAUUGAUUCUAAUAAGCUAACAAGUUUACCCAGGGAAAUUGAAUCAAUGAAUUUUACGGAAUUGGCACUGGAUCAAAACUUGUUUAAAUGCGACUGUACAACCAAAUGGAUGAAACAGUGGCUUCUGAACAACAAACUUCGGAUAAGAGACGUCGAAAAGGUGCUUUGCAAGUCAGAAAACGCUCUUGGUCAACCAAUAUACAGUUUGCCGAUUAAAAAUUUCACUUGUCAGCAUUCGAAUAAAAGUCCUAAAAUGACUAAACCUCGAGAACAAAGUAAGUCCGCUCAAACUAUAACUUGUUCUGUUUUUGGAGGGCUUCUCUUUGUCACUCUAAUCCUCGUGACAUUGUUGUACAAGUGCCACAGGGACGUUAAGGUUUUUAUGUUCACUCAUUUUAACUGGCACCCGUUUGAUCGAAUCGAUGAUUCCGAUCCAAGCAAAAUAUAUGACGCAUUUAUAUCAUACCACAAAGAUGAUUUACCGUGGGUCGUCGACACUCUACUCAAGGGACUGGAAGCUCAAGAUCCUUCUUACAAAAUAUGCUUUCAAGACCGCGAUUUCGUUGGUGGAGCAGCGAUUGACGAAAAUAUUUUGAAAAGCGUCGAUAAAAGCAAACGCAUGCUGAUGGUUUUGUCUCGCAGCUUUGCAAGGAGUGAGUGGUGCUUGCUGGAGUUUCGUGCUGCACACCGUAAAGUGUUAGAAGAUCGCAUGAAUUAUCUAAUAAUUAUUCUAUUCGAUGACGUUGACGUAGCCGAGCUGGAUGACGAAAUUAAGCUGUACAUGCGCAGUAACACUUACGUGGGAAUCAGUGACAAGUGGUUCUGGCAAAAAUUGUUUUAUGCGAUGCCCCAGUGUAACCAGGCUCGAGUAUCAAUGGAGAACGGAAAUCAAAACAAAGCUACAAAUCAGGCGAAUUGUGCAGAAACAAUGCAAGAAAUUAAUGCAGGAAUAGCUCAAAGCAAUGGUGACACCAUAUUAUUAGUGUAA